AAUAACGCUCGGCGCAUGCGCCAAACACCUCCCCACAAACAUUCCUCCAGCCAAUCGGGGGGUGGGGUGGGAAAGCGCGAGCCGGUUGCCCAGGGAGACGCUCGAUUGACGGCCGUGGCCGUCAAGCGCGGUGUCGUGUGGAGUUUUCGCGACGGUCCCGCCGGGUGCAGAUUCAUGGCUUCGGCGGUGGCCAUGAUGGCGGCGGCCGGCGGGCCGGUGCUGAACGGGGCGGACGCGGCGGGUCUGAAGGAAGCGGCGGGCAUGUACGAGCAGCUGCGGGCCGAGUGGAACCGCAAGAACCUCAGCUUGAGCAAAUGCGGCGACUUGCUGGGCCGCCUGAAGUUGGCUCUGCUUGAACUGAACUUCCUGCCCACCACCGGCACGAAAUUGACUAAACAGCAGCUUAUUUUGGCAAGAGACAUUUUAGAAAUCGGAGCCCAGUGGAGCAUCUUGAAGAAAGACAUCCCGUCUUUUGAAAGAUAUAUGGCCCAGCUCAAAUGCUACUACUUUGAUUACAAAGACGAAUUGCCCGAAUCAGCCUACAAGCACCAGCUGCUGGGCUUGAACCUCCUUUUCCUGCUGUCCCAAAACCGUGUUGCCGAGUUUCACACCGAGCUGGAACGCCUGCCGGCCAAGGACAUCCAGACCAACGUCUACAUCAAGCACCCUGUCUCUCUCGAGCAGUACCUGAUGGAAGGUAGUUACAACAAAGUCUUUCUGGCCAAAGGCAACAUCCCAGCCGAGAGUUACGCCUUUUUCAUUGACAUCUUGCUGGACACUGUCAGGGACGAAAUUGCCAGCUGCAUCGAGAAGGCCUAUGAGAAGAUCCUCCUCAAUGAGGCCACCCGCAUGCUCUUCUUCACCCCCAAAAAGAUGUCGGACUACGCCAAGAAGCGAGGGUGGCUCCUGGGUUCCAACAACCACUACUGUUUCACGGGGCAGCAGCAGAAGCCGGAAGACGCCACCAUCCCCUCCACAGAGCUGGCCAAGCAAGUCAUCGAAUACGCUCGGCAGUUGGAAAUGAUCGUCUGAACGUGCCCUCGCUGCAGACAGGCUGGGACUGUGGGCUGUGGCUUUUUCCUCGAUAUUUUUUGUUUUCUUGUCCGCGUGUGACUGCGCGCGCCGGUUCCGAUCGGUCUGGCCGCCUUUUGUCUUAAAACGGGGAACGUGGGAGCCAUUGGUGGGGGUGGGGUGUGAGGUCAGUGUGUUUGAGUAAAGCCGAUAAGCCAGGCUGGUC